GUCGCCAUGGUGCACCCCUGUGGCCUACUCACCCGCCAAGAGGAGCCAGUGCCACUGAAGAGCAUCGCUGUGACCUUGUCCAUUUGUGAGUUUGUGGCUGGUGUGUCUGCAACUUUAAACUAUGAGAAUGAGGAGCAAGCCCCUUUGGAGGCCUUCUUUGUGUUCCCCGUGGACGAAGACUCCGCCGUGUGCAGCUUUGAGGCCGUAGUGGACGGGAAGAGAAUCGUGGCAGAAUUACAGGACAAGACGAAG